AUGCUGUGUAGCAAGACGAGAAUAGCGCCGGACCCCAAGAAAUCCGUCUCGAUCCCGAGGCUGGAACUUCUGAGCGGGCUUCUGGCAGCGAGACUCGGAAGCUACGUCGAGAAAGCGACGGAGAAAAAGAUCAAGAGGAAAUUACUGUGGACCGAUUCAGCAAUAGCUUUCUGGUGGAUGAAAGGCGAGGCUGGUCGGUGGAAGCAGUUCGUUCACAAUAGAGUGACGGAGAUAUGGCAGACAGUGGAGACUGAGGAAAUCAGGCAUUGCUCAUGGUUACAGAACCCAGCGGACGUAGCAUCCAGAGGAGCUACGGCUGCGCAGCUUAACGCACAGAAGAGUUGGUGGACUGGCCCAUCUUGGAUGGGAAAGAGGGAGGAGUGGCCCCAGUCGCCAAGCUCAGCGACCGAGCUCCAGUUGCAAGAAGUCUCGGUCGAAGAAAAAGCAGAAGAGGUAACGCAAUGUACGGUAUCAACCGAAGCAAAAUGGUAUGAAAGAUUCAGCUCCAUGCGAACCAUGGUAAGAGUCUUGGCCACGAUGCAAAGAGCGAUAAAGAAGUUCAAGGGCAAAGAAAAUCCGGAAAGCCCGGUGGCAACGGUCAGACACCGGGGGAGAAAAUUGAAGUUCCCCGUGUGGACCACUGACGAAACUCGAGAGGCAACGCUCGAGCUUUACAGAGAAGCCCAGGCGACUCACUACGGAGCAGUGGUGAAGAGCUUUAGAGCUGGGCAAACAGAGGUCCCACAUGAGUUGAAGAAACUCGGCCUAAUGUGGGACAAAAAAAACCGACUAAUCAAGUGUCGAGGCCGGCAUCUGAAUUGGAUGGAAUACAAUAAAAAAGCAACCCUCAUUCUGCUACCGGCCGAGCACCUCAUUACCAGAAGGGUGAUCGAACAGACACAUCUUCGGUUGAAACAUACCGGAGUGAAGACCAUGAAGGGGACACUCAGAACGGAUUUCUGGAUUCCGAAGAUGCGUCAAGCCCUCAAGAAAGAGACGAGUAAGUGCACGAGAUGCCAGAGAAAAUUUGAUGAAAUACCGGCGCCUCUACCGUUGGAUCGCCUGCAAAUGUCCAAUCCUUUCACGAUAAUGGGAGUGGAUUUCGCAGGCCCAUUCCCAGUAGAAUCACCGGCGACUAGCGGUCACAAAACGAAGCUAUUCGUGUGUCUCUUCACAUGUGUCGUAACGAGAGCAGUCCAUCUCGAAGUUACGACCGACCAGGAGAUCUCCACGUUUAUCUUCGCGCUAAGACGAUUCUUCGCGCGGAGAGAGUACCCCAGGGCGCUCUACUCCGAUAACGCGAGAACGUUAACGUUGGCCGCUAAGUACCUGAGAGCAGCGUACAGAGACAGCAGGGUGUUUAACACGCUGGUUGACCUCAACAUAAAAUGGAGAUUUUCCCCGAGUCUAGCCCCUUGGUGGGGCGGAUUCUGGGAGAGAAUGGUGCAGACCGUUAAACGGCUGCUGUAUAAAACGUACGGGAGCGAUUGUAUGGAAUACGAUCUAUUCCAGACGGUGUUGACGAAGAUAGAGGACAUGAUCAACACGAGACCGUUGACUUACGUGGCAGAAGAUGAUAUGGAGCCGCUAACACCCAAGUAA